UUUUUUGACUCCAGCUCAGCAUUAGAAGAGCGCGUUUCGGCAUGCCGCCCCGUCUCAACCUUUUCAACGCGAGGACUGCUGUGCCGGUCUUUCGCCAAACCUCUGUCAGCGUUUCCCGGCCCAAUAUCGCUACUACUAUCAACGGCAGCCGAUCCACCCACCAUGGCUUGAAGACUGGCUUGUCGUCUUCGAUGCGAAUGCAGAAGAGAUGGAAUUCCUCAGCGUCCGGGGGAGACAACUCGGAGCGACCAAAGGCUCCCACAGAGGACCCGUUACCUCACGUUAGCGAGGAGGCCGCGGAGAUAAGCAAGAUCAUGGACAAGAAAUGCGAUGGCACUCCCGCCAGUCCGGAGUUGGAGCAAGGAACGCCUAUCUCAGAGAUUCUCCAACGGGACAAAGAAGCCCGGAAACAUAUGCCCAAGGUCAUGCAGGACCAGAUCAAAUCAUCGACUGGUACUCGGUCGUUCUCGACAUCCACCCGCCGGAGCCAGACCGAACUACAUGGCCAAGGAAAGGGCUUCGAUGAGCAAACUGCCGCAGUGAUGGCCAGCAUGAUCUCUCAGGUCAACCAGCAGGCUGAGGAACUUCAUGAUGGGAUCAAGUUUGACCCUGUCGAGACCCUUCCCAAGACAGAGAACUUCCGCACAAGAUAUGACUCGCUGCUCGAACAAUUUACCAAACUCUUAAUGACGGAUGGCAAGCUGAGUAGGGCCCAGAAGGAUAUGGCGUUCAUUCUGGACCACCUCCGGACUGCUUCUCCGCCUCAGCCCAACCCUAAGCGGCCUCUGCUUCCUGGACCCCCCGCCCCGCAGCUUCCACUGAACCCCGUCCUAUAUCUCACCUUGAUUGUCGACUCUGUUGCUCCUCUGAUCAAGAUUCGCCAGCAGAAAGGUAUCGCCGGUGGUGGUGCGUCGGUGCAGAUUCCGGUUCCGCUCGCGCUGAGACAACGCCGCAGGACAGCGAUUAAAUGGAUUAUCGAUGGCUCUGAUAAACGACGUGACAGCAAGUUUGCCCAACGGGUAGCCAACGAGCUGGUUGCGGUUGCAGAAGGCCGCAGUGGUGUGUGGGACAAGAGAGAGCAACAGCACAAGCUCGGUAUCGCAGGCCGAUCGAAUCUCGGCAUGGUCGCCGGUGGUCGUCGGUAGACUGCCUUACAUGCAUACAAACAGACGCAAUGACAGGCUGGGCAUUACAAUUGCGAGUAUUCCGGCAUUGCAUCCAAUGAGAUUUUUCUUUGUCUCUCUCUUUCUUCUUUUUGGGAAUUAGAUGGAAGAUGCGGGAUCUGUUUCCUUUCUGUAUUUUAUUAUGGGACUUUUUCAAGCACCUGAUGCAUCUGUAUAGGUAGUUUUUUCAUAUUUAUUAUUGAUCAUAGUGAAAGUCAGUCUUGUGGUUUAUCAAUUCACCAUGGUGGCUUCAAGUUUGUAGAGGUACAUGUAUGUACUAAUAUAUUUUCGAGCGGUCUCGGCUCGGCUGUGGAAAAGUCCACGUAAGGUAACUGUGCAGAUGCUGUGUCCCUAGUAGUAAGCACAACUGUAGGUGGUCAAGUGAUGACACUACAAGUGACAAAUACUUGGGAAGGACAAG